GUUUCGCAUCCGGGAACUCGAGCAGGCAGUUCCCAUUAUGCCAGCAACAGUAUGCGGGGAUGUGCGGUAGAGCUUUCCUCGACGCGCAAACAGCAGAACGUAUGUAUGGCUUGACGCGUGUUCAGGAUAUGUUUAGUGCGUGUACCCGGGGCACGUGUGCACGCCGCUUAUUCAGGCGCGCCUGCAGCAAAUGUGAUUCAAGGCUACAGUAAGAUCGCGCACUGUCAGGCCGCAUGGCAUGUUGGGAUUUUGGCCUCCGUUCAGUGGUGCCCGGCCGUGGUGCAUGCUGGGAGUGUGGUUCUAAACGGGAUUGUUAUCUUUAACUCUGGUGCAGCGUGAGUGUCUGAAGCCUAAAUAAACGAAGAACCAAAAGAAGCCCAUUGAGGGAUGUGAUAGUAAAUGGCCAAUUAGUCUCAGACUUAACAAAUGAUUUAUGCUGUUUCUUCAAAGCAACAGAUUACUGCCAGCAAGGAUACAAAUAGUAUGGAAAAUGGGAUUGUGUAUGACAGUCCACCAAAAUCAUCAUGAAUGAAGGACAGUUGGAGGGGCUCUGGGUGAACAUGGAAUAAUUCCCAGCACAUUAUUCUGCAUUUUACUGCAGAAUGGAAUCCCUUCAUCAAUAAACGUGUUUAGGGGGGAAAUCCUGUUUUUUUAAUCACACUGCUUUGCAUAAUUGCAUGUAUUAAGAGUUAUCAUUAUCUUGAUAGGUGCUGUUCAUUGAGGUCACCCCAAGCACAUUUGUUCUGCAUCCUAUGUGUAAGUCCCUCCCAACUCUACAGUUCUAUGGUUCUAAGGAUAAACCUCUUCUGCAAUCCUGAAAAAACAGGUCCACAUUUGUGACAGUAAACAAGCCCUCAGUCCCAUUCACCCCUCCUCUAUUAGCUUUGCUGUAUGUUGAAAAGCAGAAUUUCCACAGAAUGUAAUACAGUGGUACCCUGGGUUACAUAUGCUUCAGGUUACAGACUCCGCUAACCCAGAAAUAGUGCUUCAGGUUAAGAACUUUGCUUCAGGAUGAGAACAGAAAUUGUGCUCCGGCGGCGCGGCAGCAGCAGGAGGCCCCAUUAGCUAAAGUGGUGCUUCAGGUUAAGAACAGUUUCAGGUUAAGAACGGACCUCCGGAGCGAAUUAAGUACUUAACUGAGGUACCACUGUAGUACAGUCAAGAUAAAGCACAACAUAGGAAAUCAAUUUUUGAGUUAAAUUUUCUUUUCUUUUUUAUCCCUUUCAGUAACAUGGCUCUGGUAUCAGCCGAUUCCCGCAUCGCUGAGCUCCUGGGGGAGUUGCACCAGCUUAUCAAACAGACACAGGUAACAUGGUAGCUUUCCUGGAAUCUGAAGCGAUAGGAAGUGAGUUGGGUCAGAUAAAGAGAGCCUUCUUUGCUUGUGGAUGUCCAGCACAGGAGAAGAAAGGGCCUCUCCAGCAGUUUCUUGGGAUGGAAGGAACAUGGUAAUUUGUGGCUGCCAUUUUGUUUUGAUGCUGUGUGAAGCAUCUGUAUCCUGAGGGAGGGACAGAAUAUUGGUUUUGUGCAGCAGGUUGGGUGAAUAUGGUCUGUGUAUUAAAGUAGAUACUCUGUAUAGCUGGUAAAGUAACCCAUAAGCUCUUUCCUUCCUAGGAGGAACGUUCGAGAAGUGAACACAACCUAGUCAACAUCCAGAAAACGCACGAGAGAAUGCAGACAGAAAACAAGAGUGAGUUGCAACUCCACUCCACUUUAAAACAUCUGCUUUAUACUCUCCAAGACCUCAGUUCUGUCCUGGUUUUUCUAUUUUAGAUACCACUAGACCAAAGGGCUACGGGUGAGGGAAGAAUUGUGGGAGAUUGAAACCUUGGCCUCCUGUUUAAUGUCUCAUCUCCCUGUCUGUCUCCCGCUCAGUUUCUCCAUAUUAUCGGACCAAAUUACGUGGCCUCUACACAACAGCCAAGGCUGAUGCAGAAGCAGAAUGCAAGUGAGUGCAUCUCAGUAUUAUGUUCCAGUGGGGAUACUUUGACUCCCUUAAGAAAUUCCCAUUGACUCUUACUUGGGGUUUCUGCCUCCUUUUCUAGUAUCCUGCGCAAGGACUUGGACAAGAUUGCAGAAAUUAAGUCUCUUCUGGAAGAACGCCGCAUAGGUGAGUGCUGCAAGGUCCCAAGAAGGCAAGAUCAGUUGUGUUGGGUGAAUAGCUUUAGAGCUUUGGAGCAAACAGCUUCAAACCAUCCCAGCGUAAGCCAACAACAUUUUAACUAGCCAAGGGAGCAGGAGAAAUAGAGAGCCGGCGGUGUAUGGCUUUCCAAGCUAUUCCCUGGGCAAUCUUUGGGUGAGUUUGAUUUCCCUGAGCGAUGGUGUGGUUGAAAUAAGUCAGCUGAGAGUCCUCCUCUCCUCUCCUCUCCAGGAAGGAAAUGGGGAAGUCAGGGGCUAAAACAAAAGCAUCUUGUCAGCCAUUGUGAGAAAAGAUGCUGGAGUAGAUGGACCAUUGGCCGGAUCCAUCAGACUCUUCUUAUGUUCUCAAGAGCUUCCUGGACACUAACCAAGCCCUCCUUGUCAUUUCCCUCUCCUCUUAACAGCUGCCAAGAUUGCCGGCCUCUACAACGACUCGGAGCCGCCACGCAAAACCAUGCGCCGCGGUGUGCUGAUGACGCUCCUUCAGCAGUCGGCCAUGACUCUUCCCUUGUGGAUUGGGAAACCUGGAGAGAAGUGAUUAUUCAGGGGGCGCAUGGCGGGUGCUGGGGACCUCUCCUGUACGUGUUUAUGCUUCAGGCCUGCUUACGGCCGCUUCUCUCUCCCUCUCCACUACAGACCUCCCCCUCUCUGUGGUGCCAUCCCUGCCUCUAGCGACUACGUGGCCAAGCCAGGCGACAAAGUGGCUGCUCGUGUCAAGACGGUCGACGGAGACGAGCAGUGGAUCUUGGCUGAGGCCGUGAGCUACAACCACGCCACCAACAAGUGAGUGUGUCUGGUAGAUCUGGGGCUACAGGACUGCGCUAGAAGGCAGUCUGGGGUUCCACUUCCUUCAGUCACAGGUAGCAUUCGGCUUGGGGAGCCCUGUGUUUGGACAGGCAUCCGGGACCAGGAAUGGGUGUUUCAGUCACCAGAAGUUGGAUUUUGAAGUCUGUGGAUGCUUGGCCUUCCCUGUCUAAAGCCCUCAGGGAGAAAUGUAUUGUCAGAAAGGAUUCUUCAAGAGGUCUGGUGGUGGUUUGGGCAUGUCUGUGUGCCAAUGACUGAGCCCAAAUUGAUGUAUGAAUGAAUGCAAUGGUCACCUGGAGCCUGUUCUCUAGGAGGUGCUGAAAAGUGAGCAGCUACAUCUUCAGAGAAAUUGGCUUCGUGGUGGCCUCAUGCAGGCAUGGGAACCUUUGGCCCUCCAGCUGUUUCUGAGCUGCAACUCCCAUCAGCACCAGCAAACAAGACCAGUGGCUGGAAUUGAUGGGAGUUGUAUUUCAACAUCUGGAGAGCCAAGUGGGAGAGGAACAUUGCGGAAAAGCCUGGCUGGUUCCUGCUGUCCUUUUCGGAGGUCAGCGCUGGGUUUUUGUUUUCUUUGGUGCCUUCUUUGACACAGAAGUAAAAGUUCUGUAAUGAGCAGCUCUGAAGUAGGGCAAGGUAAUUUGCAUUCCCAGAAUUGUCUUCAUCAAAUGGUACUCUUGGAAGUCCUGAGCUGAGGUUCUGGCCUGUGUUUUGGCUCACCCUGGCUUUGGACAUGCCGUCUUCUGGCUUCAUAGCCCAGAGCCUCAUUUUCAGACGCUUUGAGCUAUUGUGCAUCAAAUGUCCACAGCCUCUUAUUAGACAAUGCCAGGCCAUGCUGCAGGCCAGGCCUACUUCAGGAAAGGUCCUCUACCAUCUUGGUGGAAAUUGCUUGUUAGUUUUGUUGUUUGAAGUAUAAAGAUUGGCAUACCUGUUACUAUUAUAUUUAUUAAUUUUGAUUUAUUGGCAGCCUUUCACCCUAGGGUCCCGGAGUGGGCCACAGUAAUUUAAAAUACAACAUCAAAAAUGGUUUAAAAUAAAUCACAAACACAACAAUCAAGUGGGUCCUAAAAUAUACAUCUCAGCAGAGGUAUGUCCUGACAAGUUGCUGUGGCCAUCCCCCCCCCCCCCCAUUGCCUCUUUGGUUGUGAUAAUGACUUUCUAACAGAGAAGAUUCUGACUUCAGCAGCUAAAUGAUAUAAAAUAAAUUAUCUAAGCAUUCUACCUAGGUGACACAUACCACAAAACCUGUGUUGCGUUUGUUUUAGGUGCAGAAACGUUUCCUAAAGAAGAUGGAUCCUAACUUUCCCAUGCACACCACUUGUACAGCCUUAUGGUUUUGCUUACAUUGAAUUCUCACCUGCUGUGUUCUCUUCCCCAGGUAUGAGGUGGAUGACAUUGACGAAGAAGGGAAAGAGUAAGUGAAGAAGAGACUCUUGUAGGGGCUGAGGGAUGUCAGAUUUGCCCCCUCCCCUUAAUCUCUGCUUCUUCUCUCCAGGCGCCACACCUUGAGCCGCCGCCGCAUCAUCCCCCUGCCCCAGUGGAAGGCCAACCCUGAAACAGACCCUGAGGCCUUGUUCCAGAAAGAUCAGCUGGUCCUGGCCUUGUACCCACAAACUACCUGUUUCUACCGAGCACUUAUCCACACUCCUCCACAGCGGGUAAGGAAGAGGCCACUGGACAGGGCAGCUGAGACUCCGACUCUUCCUCUCCCAUUGGUUUGCACUGUCUCCUAUAGGCCACCAUAAAAACCGCCUUGCCCGAACGAGACCAAAAAGUCCAUUUAGCCUGGCAUUCUGCUUCUGACAGAAUCCUGCCAGAUACCUCUGAAAAACCCCAGUUUGUCCCUUGAUAGCCAUCUCCAGCGGUUUGUUGUCAACAUCUGGCUCUGAACAUAAAAGUUUUGCUUCUUCUUGCUCUGACUAAUAGCCACGGAGGCCUACUGCCCAUGAAUUUUGUCUAAACUAUUUUGGAAGCCAUCUAACCUGCUUCCCACAUAUAAAGCUGCCUUAUAUGGCGUCAGUUCAUUGGUCCAUCUAAGCCACCCUUUCUCAACCUGUAGGUCCCCAGAUGUUGUUGAACUACAACUCCCAUCACCCAUAGCUAGCAAGGCCAGAGCUCAGGGAUGAUGGGAGUUGUAGUCCAACUACAUCUGGGGACCCACAGGUUGAGAACCGCUAAGCCGAGCAACGCCUGCCCUGGCUGACGGCCACUUUCUGCCAGAGGUCUUUCCAUUCUCCUGCUAUGCAUGCAUUUGAAAUGGAUCUACUGGGAGACUGAGCUUGGCUUCUUCAUGCAAACCGUGAGCACUGCUGCAGCUAUAAUGGUCUCGUUUGGAUGCGGGGCUAAACUAUGGUUUGGCAUUGUGUCCUAACCUUGUUACACUGUGGUUAGUCUUACUGAAACGAGCCCUCUUCAAACCACGGUUGAUUCCCACAGCCAUUGCAGGAGGAGAAAAAAGGGGAGUUUGUUCGUGAAACGCUGAACUGGAGUUCUAGUUGCAUCCAAAUGAAGCGAAUGCAUGUGUUGCUGUCAUCUAGCACUUCCCCAAUGUGGGGCUUUAUCCUGUGUCCCCCCCUGCUUCCCACCCUGGGUCUUUGUGCCUGUGAUUCUGUGAAUUGCAAGUGUUGGAAGGUAGCAGGGGUCUGGGGCAGGGACAGCCUGCUUUGACCAAGUCAUCCUACAAAGUAGUUGAUUAACGUUGCUCUUAGGGUGAAUUUCCUCUGGGGUUAUCUGUUGAGGUCAUGGGACCUAGGCCUUUCCCCUCUGUGAGAUAAUGCAUAACUUUCUCCUCUGCCCCUCUCUCUCUCUCUCAGCCGCAGGACGAUUACUCUGUGCUGUUUGAAGACACCAGCUAUGCAGACGGCUACUCUCCACCCCUCAAUGUAGCUCAGCGCUAUGUAGUGGCUUGCAAAGAAACCAAGAAGAAGUGACAGCACCCUCUAGUGGAUGCUGGUGGCGUGGCGAGGAACCAGAUCUCUCAAAUGGACUGUUACAAUUGCAGAGUUAAUAAAACAGAAACUGACAGGUGCAGGAGACAGGUUUUUUAAUCCAGAGUAAUAUAGAUCCCAUGUCCCCUAACCACAACAGCACACUGCAAAGCGAUAGAAAUGUUUUACAUGAAUUCUGUACUUGUGGGAAUUAAGGCAGAACUUUUGACUUGUGGGCAAGCUUGGGCUUCAGACCAAAUGGAUUCAAGGCAUUGGAUAUUGAGCAGCCAUUAAAUCUCAUUUGGUGGUCUUGGGCAACUGAGCAUCUCAGCCUGGCCUAUAAUAAUUUUUAUAAUUAUAAUUAUAAUUUUAUUAUUUAUACCCCACCCAACUGGCUGGGUUUCCCCAGCCACUCUGGGCGGCUAUAUGGGUGUUGGGAAACACAAAAAGAGAGGGUGAGGAAAGAGCCGUGUGUGCUGCCCCAAAUUAAAAAUGGCAUUCACAAAAUGGUGGUCUUGCAAGCCCAACAACAUCAGUGUGGCUGGCUCUGGAUUCAGAGUUUAGAAUUGUGAGGGUUUUCUCUUCACAGGGAAUGGGAUUUUAACAUUUUCAGGCCUGGCGUCUUUACCAGCUUAAAAUGCACGUUUCCAGCUUAAAAUGCACCUAAGUCAUUCUUGAUUUGGAUCAAAACUGGUUUGGUGGGAAGUUCAUCAAAAUUUAGCAAUUAAUAAAGAACAGCAGGAUAUUUGUGAACUGUGGUUGACGUCCUGUGUAGAUGAUUUCCAGACCAGCGGUGGGGGUUCACAGGAUACAGACUGAGUCUCUCUCUGAGGCCCCACCCCUCUCCAUCGCCCGAUUCCUUUCAGCCAUAAAAGGCCCUUGUUCAUCUCAUUUUUGGCCUCUCUCCUAUGUGGCUGUGAACUUUACCAGUCAGUUUUAAGCUUGUUAAAAAUUCAUUUAAUCUUUACAGGGUUUGCAGAUUAACACUGUUAAACAGAUCUGCCCAGCCACUGAUAAAAACGCUGCCAAGACUUGAGCAGGGUUUGAUACCUUUGCCUCAAGUUUGGUUCUUUGGCAUUUUGUCGAAUAAACAAGGUAUUGUUACGAGUUUGUGCGUGCUGGACCCCUUUGAUCCCUGGAAUUAGGCAAGUGUUAAAAACUAAUCCAGCCAGACUAGUCUGCAAAGGAAGGGGCUGUGGGAGAUGCAAUUGGGUGGAGCCCCUCCCUCAACUUGUGAGAAGGAAUAAAAGUCAGAGUUGAGAGUUAGGAGUUAUGUGAGCCAGAAGUUGUAUGCAAAAGCGACACCCUGGAACAGCAGAGAGCACCAUCCAAGAUCUCUGCUUGAAUCCAAGGCUGUGGCAAUAGGAGAAACAAGACCCUUUUGGGAUGUUGAUGCUUUGAACCCCUCCAUUGUAGGCUCAGGCUGUAUAUGUGUGUAAAUAAGUCAUAUAACACAAAGACACCACAGUCUUCCCUGAGCCUGAUUUCAAAAGGAAACACGAACCCAGGGUAAGUGCCUGGAAUCUUGCACCACUCAGAGGUUGGGGUGGCACAAACACACUUCUGGGCUGAAGUACUUUCAAGAUCCCACCACCUCCCCAGUGACCAUGAGAUGAUCUUCUAGGCUCCACCCCUCCUCAAGUAAAAAACUCAGAAGCUCCCAC